AUGACUCCUUUUUCUCCUCCUACAUUUUCUGGCCUAGUCUGUCCUGAUGCCUACCAAUCGUACACGAGUUCACCAGGUCAGCCAAGAUCAACUCCGGAGCGACACCUUCUACCGGUGCCCUCUUCCAGCGAUGGACGCCAGCUGCUUCCCUCAGGCCUGCCGACACUCGGGUAUGCAGGUCUUCCGAUACCCCCAGAUGCCCUCAAGGAAGCCUCGAAUAUCGAACAGUCCACAUACAGUCAUACUCCCACCAUCACUGUUUUGCAACCAUCAUCUUCCGUUGAGCAGGACAACUAUGCCUCGGCCAUCCAUCAGAUGCGCGACCAGCCUCUACCGGUGCCUUACUCUGCGGAAGAGGCCUCGUCAGCAUUGACCACUUUCACAGCCCUUCAAUACGCCUACAGCCUGCAGGCAUGUCUUCCUCAGCCCUGGACACAUGCUCGACCGGAUGUGGGUCCAGAAGAGCAUGUGCCAAAGAACAAGCAAUGGCAGACGGAGAAGCCAGACGAGGCGAGGCAGAAGUUGGCGACGAGCAGGCAACGGCGUCGGCGAGACGAGACUGAGGCCACUAAACUAGAGGCUGGGCCAGCGAUGAAAUGGAAUAGAAUGAGAAACGAUCCGACUGCAGGAGGCCAGGAAACCGUCGCCAGAGUAAAUAACAAAAAGACGCAUCCCCUAUUUUCUGGAACAGCUGAGUCUGGGCUUUCAGGAUCACAUCUGUCCACGUCAGACGUCGAAAGAGCUCAGCAAUUUGCAGCCAGUCAAACUCAAAUUGGAAAAUAA